UUACGAGGUCAAAAACUUGGUCUGUAUAAAAAGCAUCGAAAACCCUUCAUCCUCACUCCACUUGUCUUCGACAGAGUAUUGAAGAUGGCAAAGUUAGCAGUGUUUUUCUUCGCAGCUUUGGCUUUCCAAGCCGCAUUCGCAACUCUUCCCGAGUUCUACGGUGAGGGAAAACUCGUCAACUAUUUGGACGAAAUCCGCACCGAAGUUAGAGAUUUAACCCUCGUCCUCGAAAAGGACUUCCCCAACCACGAAUAUGCUAUCAAGACUGUCACCUGGCAAUCCCGCAAAUUCGUUGAAGUUGUUGAAGUGAUCCUCAACAAACUCCGCGAAGAGACUUUCACCAUCCGCGAAGAUGUCUUCCAGCACGUCAUCUACGUCUUGGAACAAGUACGUGACUCUCUCAGAGAAAUCACCCACUUCCACGACAUCACCAAGGUUCACGAACUUAAGAUCAACUUCGUCCGCUGCAUCAACGUAGUAUACGAACACAUCGAAAAGUUGGUCCACCUUACCUACACUUCCUACCCCGAAUUCCGUUACACCUUGAAGUACGUCCUCGUCGACUUCAUCAACGUUCUCCACGGAAUCCGCUCCCACUUCUUGCACAUCAACCGCGACUUUGAAGUCGUAGAAACCCCACGUGUUUUGAUCAAGGAAAUCCACGAAUACACCCGUGAAUUCACCGAAAUCCUUAAGGAAUUCACCCACCCAGCCCAAAUCAAGGUUGCUCUCCGUGAAUACCUCAUGUACGUCAACGAAAUCGUCCGCAAAUUGCAAGAAAAGACCAUCUUGGGACACAAGGAACUCGAUCUCGUCUUGAACCACCUCACCAACAAACUCCGCGAAAUCGUCUUCCCCCUUAUGGAAAUCAUGACCGAAAACACUGUUGACAUGAAAGUCUUCAGAACCAAGAUCGUCACCCACUUGUACGAAAUUGUCUCCAUCUUCGAACAAUUGGUACAGCUCUGCGAAGACAAAGUUUUGCCCGUAGAAAUCAGAACUCUCGUCACCAGAAUCGUCUACAACUACUUCCACGCCAUCAAGAACGCCAUCCACGAAACCAGAUUCGGUUACAAAAUCGGUUUCUACACCCCCAAGUACUACAACAACGAAUACUAUGGCAAGCACGGAUACGGACUCUACGAAAAGGAAUUCCAUAACCGUUUCUACACCCCAUACAACUAUGAAAACAAAUAUUACGGAAACAUCGAAGAGAACUUGUACACCCCAUACAAAUACGAAUCUCUUUUCCCAAUCCGCAAAUUCGAAGUAGAACCUUUCUACGGCAAGACUUUGGAAUCCAACAAGUACUUCGGUGGAAUGAGAUACGAAUCCCCCAAGGAUUUAGUAUUGACCGUCCAAAUGCUCGUCAAGCGCAUCUUCGAACGUUUCGAACGCAACACCUGGGAAGUUACCGAUGUCAAGACCGUCCUCUUCCACAACAUCCGUGAAUUCAUCACCGUCCUUGACUACAUCUUGGAGAAAUUCGAGACCAAAAUGACCUUCGGAAACACCCUCUACACCGAGAAGUACGUCGAAGAAUUCAUCUACAGAAUCAAGGAAAUCAGAAGAGAACUCAGAGAAAUCAUCAGCACCGAACUCCUCACCAACUUGCCCGAACUCAAGAUCCGCUUCCUUCGCUGCAUUGAAGUUCUUGCCGCUGAAUGGUGCAAAUUGAUCGAGAAAUACGAAGUUCAAGACAUGGAACGUUUCUUGAUCAAGAACAUCUUCAACAGAUUCAUCACCUUCUUGAACAAAAUCGCCUACGAACGCACCUACAACUCCUUCAACUACCCACUCAAGGAUGUCACCGGAUACUACUCCAAGUACUACAAGGACAACACCUUCGUCCCCUACAUCUUCACCCACCAGUUGAGAUACUAGAGCAGUACAACGGAUGCGUUAUGUGAAUUGUUUGUUGCAGUUCUAAUUAAAGUUUUUGAUUUUCAAAGC